CACGACGAUGCAACCGAUAGCGACCAGCCACCAUUAGCGCCCCUGCCUUCAUCCGCGCCCCCAGCCACAGGCACGACGCGGAGGCGCCGAAGCACGCUGCGCACGCCUGCAACGUCCUCCGUGUGCAGCUCCACCCCUCCGUCACCGCCUUCAAGCACGUCUAUCGCGGGCACGCCGAUGUCGUCGACCAAAGCGGUCGAUGCCGAUAGCGACGUGAACAUGAGCGGAUCGAAUGUGGACGCGGGCACUGGGCCGAGCACGAAUGGAGGAGGAGGAGGCGGAGGCGUGGCGGGAUCCAAAACAGCGACAGCGACAGCAACGGGAGGUGGAGGCGGAGGGGUAGCGGGACCGGCGUCCGCACCAGCUCCAGGAACAACAGCGACGGCGGCGAUGGACCUGCAAGACUUCCUCGCGCUCAUCGCGGCAAGCUCCGCCGCGCCGUUCGCGUUCGAUACGAUGGUCGCUCUUCCAUCGGGCCUCUUCGCCGCCGGCGAGCACCUCUAUUCGCGCACGAACCGCAUCCGCGAUCUGAUCGCGGAGGCGAGCGAGUAUCACUGGAACCAGAAGAAGACGAAGAAAGGCGGGAAAAGCACCGUCGUCACCUACUUCUGUGCCCAGCUCGAAGGCGAACAGUCCAAGUCCCGCGCCGCGACCUCCGCCGCCGCACGGAACACCUCCCCGUCCACCAACGCCAACGCCAACUCCAACUCUGCCACCGUUAACUCCUCCUCAGCUAACGGGAACGGGAACGGAAACCCCACAAACUCCCCAACCGUCCCGUCGCACGACCAACCGAACCAGGCAGGGACAGGCGCAGAGCCAACAGACCGCCGCUCGCGCGCGCGGCUCGUGCGCUACCGCUGCGGCGGCUGGCUGCGCAUCACCGUGCUCGACGGGGACGACGCGCUCGUGCGCGUGCGGCUCACACAUGCGCAGGCGCACCCGCGGUUCCCGUCGACGUUCCGGCGGCCGGGCGGGUCGAGUGCGUCUUCAUCUGCCACCGCAGCUGCGCUGGGUUCUGCUUCGGGAUCGGGGUCCGGGUCCGGGUCGAAUUCGAGCGGUUCGAUGGGCGCUUCUGCGUGUCUCUGGCCCGAGGCAGGCGGGAUGAUGAACGGGACGAACGGUGUAAACGGGUGCGCGGCGGGGGGGAUGGUGAACGGGAGCGAAGGUGUAGGUGUAGGUGUAGGUGUAGGUGUAGGCGGAGGUGGGGGAGGCGCGCAGGUCAAGCCGCUGUUCACGACGGCACCCAUGAUGAGGCGGCGCACGACGUCGGCGGUCCCGGCGAUGCCAGACAGCGCACAGGCGCUGCAGGCCGUGCUCGACGAUCCGUCCGCGCUGGACGCACCAUCCGAUCUUCUUGUCGUCAACGGCAUGGGCCCCCCGCCGCCGCCGCCGCUCCCCCAGCGCGUACAUUCUCACCCACUCCCACACCCGCAGGGGUUGCUGCAGCCACAUCCGCCGCAUAUGCCGGUGUCCGUGCCGAUGGCCAUACCUGACGUCGCCAAUGCGGCGGCUUCUGUUCCUAAUUCUGGUUCUGGUUCUGGUUCUGGCUCUGGUUCUGCGUCGUCGUCUCCUGUGAUCGGGAUGACCAUGGGCAGCCUCGCGCACCACCACCCCUCGGCGCAGCAGCACCAUGCGCAGCAGCAGCAUCU